AUGAUUCUUAAUUUUUCCGGUCAUACUACUACGCCUUGCCAGUCUUUAUCUCAUGAAAAAGAAAUAAAGGUGAGUGUAUCACCUGCACCUCAACCCAAAAAGACCCUACCCGAAAACCCAAAAAAUGACCGCUCCCAUAUAAUUAAUAAGUUAUUGGUGCAGUAUCUUCAUAUAUCUUUACGAUGUAGCAAUAGAAAUUGUGAUCAAUAUGAUCAAUAUCAAUAA